CAAUUUUUUCAGCAUCACUGACAACCAUAUUUUAAGGUUAUCAGUGCAAAUAAACAACAAAUUUGCUCAAAUUUAAAAAAAUGGAAAAUGUAUACGACCCAGAAAGCUAUGGCUCAACUGAUGUGAUUGAUUUCGAUAAAUACUUCAAGGAAUACCGGGCGGAAUGCACGGUAAACAUCGACACUUCCAAGGAUGUUUUCACGCAAAGAAUGGAAAUACUGAAAAGCGACUUUGAUUUGGCCCUAGAUCUGCAGGAUGUUAAAGCUUUGGAGCAGCUAUGCUCAAUUGAAAAACUGAAAGUCCUCUCUGAGAACGAGAUGCUGCCCCUGGAAAGCCCACCGAUUGGGGACCAUAUUUCCAUCACACACCCCAUUAAUGAUCGGGCUAGGACAUUGAACACGGCCAAAUGGAUGGAGGAGUUCACAGAAUCCAACCGAGACUUGGUGGGCAAUCAGAACCUCCCCAAAAUACCCCACUUUACAGAGGACAAAGCUCGAGAGGACACAAACUACGUGCCGGACAUGCAGGCUGAUAAUGGCUUCAUUUGCAAAGUUCUAGUCUACCGGCCCUUCAGUACAGUAACGGAUAUAAAAGUGACUGCGGACCAAGUCAGAGUCAACAUGGAAUUGACUGUUGUCCACACUACAACCCUAAUGGAGCUGGCCGAUUCCAUCAAAUGCGCAACCGAUGCCUUUGCGAUGCGGGAAGUGGAAAAUAUGGAUAUUCAGCUGGAAGAGUUUUACAACAAUAAGGAAAAAUGCCCCUCGCGGUGCUUUUUCAUAGAAAACGCCUUUUAUAACGACAUGACGCAUCCCGAUGCCACCGACUACUCGGAAGUCGUGCGAGAGUGGGCCUUGGAGAACAAAAUCGGCAACUUGCACUCCACAUCCAUGGAAGGGGUUACAGUGGGUUCUUUGAAAUUCCGCCUGGGCUAUGGAUACGUUUACAUCCAUCAAGGACGUUGCGAACAUGUAAUCUGCUUCUCGGACAUCAGGCUAUUGAAGACCACCGACUGUUUAGUAUCAAAGAUAUAUCCAAAGAUAGUGGCGAUAAAGCGCAUCCUCAGCCCUUUUUGCUUCAUUUGCAAAAUCACCGAUGCGACCUGGCUGAUUCUACAUAGCGACCGACUGCCGAUCAGACGAGCGUUUUUUUGCACCAAGUGCUGCAAGUCUUACAUGUUUGAAGACGGCAAAAAAGUAGGGACUUUUCAACUAUAUCCUUAUCAUCAAGAAGCGUUUGUUGUGCCACAAAAUCCCAAUCAUUUCAGCGAUUCGGAAUGACAAACUGUAAUAUGGAAUAAAUAGAAAAACUAAA